UUAGCCGGAGUGAUAGAUUUAGCUGUGGAUUGGAUGACAGACCUGAAAGAGGGUGUCUGCCUGUCUGCCUUCUGGUACAGCCACGAGCAGUGCUGUUGGACAUCUAAUGAGACGACAUUUGAUGACAGGGACAAAUGUCCCCAGUGGCAGAAAUGGUCUGAACUUCUUGUAAGCCAGUCUGAGGGUGCAAGUGCUUACAUUCUAAACUAUUUUCUAUACAUUAUGUGGGCUCUAUGUUUUGCUUUCCUGGCAGUCUCCCUGGUCAGAGUGUUUGCUCCCUAUGCCUGUGGCUCUGGAAUCCCAGAGAUAAAAACCAUCUUGAGCGGGUUCAUUAUUAGGGGCUACCUGGGAAAGUGGACACUUUUAAUCAAAACAGUCACCUUGGUUCUGGUGGUAUCUUCAGGCCUCAGCCUUGGGAAAGAGGGGCCAUUAGUCCACGUGGCCUGUUGUUGCGGAAACUUCUUCAGCAGCCUUUUCUCAAAGUACAGCAAGAAUGAAGGAAAGAGGAGAGAGGUGCUCUCAGCUGCAGCUGCUGCAGGAGUUUCUGUUGCCUUUGGGGCUCCGAUUGGAGGUGUGCUUUUUAGUCUGGAAGAGGUCAGCUACUACUUUCCUCUGAAAACCCUCUGGAGGUCAUUUUUUGCUGCUCUCGUGGCUGCCUUCACACUGAGGUCCAUCAAUCCUUUUGGAAACAGCCGGCUGGUCCUGUUCUAUGUGGAGUAUCACACCCCCUGGUACAUGGCUGAGCUCUUCCCCUUCAUCCUGCUCGGCGUCUUCGGCGGCCUCUGGGGAACCCUCUUUAUCCGAUGCAACAUCGCCUGGUGCAGGAGGCGAAAAACCACCAGGCUCGGGAAAUACCCAGUGCUGGAGGUCAUAGUGAUAACGGCUAUCACCGCCAUCAUCGCCUACCCUAACCCCUACACCCGGAGGAGCACCAGUGAGCUGAUCUCAGAGCUCUUCAAUGACUGCGGUGCCUUGGAGUCCUCGCAGCUCUGCGACUAUAUCAAUGACCCAAACAUGACCCGGCCGGUGGAUGACAUUCCUGACAGACCUGCCGGCCCCGGGGUUUACACUGCCAUGUGGCAGCUUGCCUUGGCUUUGGUGUUUAAAAUUGUCAUCACGAUAUUCACUUUUGGCAUGAAGAUCCCUUCAGGUCUUUUCAUUCCCAGCAUGGCUGUUGGAGCCAUGGCAGGCAGGAUGGUUGGGAUUGGAGUAGAGCAGCUGGCAUAUCACCAUCAUGACUGGAUCAUCUUCAGGAACUGGUGCAGACCUGGGGCAGACUGCGUCACACCAGGACUUUAUGCUAUGGUGGGAGCGGCAGCUUGCUUAGGUGGUGUUACCCGAAUGACAGUCUCUCUGGUGGUGAUUAUGUUUGAGCUAACUGGAGGCCUGGAGUACAUUGUACCUCUUAUGGCUGCAGCUGUCACAAGCAAGUGGGUGGCAGACGCCUUUGGGAAAGAAGGGAUCUAUGAAGCUCACAUUCAUCUGAAUGGUUACCCAUUUCUGGAUGUGAAAGAUGAAUUCACCCACCGAACACUGGCAACAGACGUCAUGAGACCAAGGCGUGGUGAAGCUCCUCUCUCUGUUCUGACGCAGGACAGCAUGACGGUGGAGGAUGUUGAGACACUAAUCAAGGAGACUGACUACAAUGGCUUUCCAGUAGUGGUUUCAAAAGACUCGGAGAGACUUAUUGGAUUUGCACAGAGACGAGAGCUGAUUCUUGCAAUAAAGAAUGCAAGACAGCGUCAGGAUGGGGUGGUGAGCAAUUCCAUUGUGUACUUCACUGAAGACCCCCCAGAACUGCCACCCAACAGUCCCCAUCCACUGAAGCUGCGGCGUAUUCUCAACCUGAGCCCUUUCACUGUCACUGACCACACGCCAAUGGAGACCGUGGUAGAUAUUUUCCGAAAACUUGGACUCCGGCAGUGUCUUGUCACUCGCAGUGGGAGGCUGCUGGGUAUCAUAACUAAAAAGGAUGUAUUAAGACAUAUGGCUCAAAUGGCAAACCAGGACCCUGAAUCUAUCAUGUUUAACUAG